UCUGUGCCAUUUCAAUGAAUAAUCUACUGCUCCGAAAGGAUUUGUGUCAUUGGAGUAAAGGAAUGCAGAUAAGAUAUAAUCUAUCACAUCUUGAACAGUGGUGUCGUGACAUGAGACUACAGUAUACUGAUGUGCCAACCACAUUACAGCCCAUAAUUCAGGCUGCCCACUUGCUACAGGCUUGUAAGCUGGAUGAAGAUGUUCAGCAUGUAUGCAAUAUGUGUGAUAAACUUUCAAUGUUGCAGAUAAUCAAAAUACUCAAUCUGUAUACAACCAUUGAUGAAUCUGAAGAAUGUGUUCCUGUCAGCUUUAUUUGUAGAAUACAGGCCAAGCUCCUGGAAAGAAGUGAACCUCAGAAACAGGCCACAUUGCUGAUGGACACAAAAUUCAUGUUCCCAGUAAGAUUUCCUUUUAAUCCAUCAAAAAUCAAGCUUGAAGAUAUAGAAGUACCAGAGGUGUUGAACCUACCAAUGCUGAAGAAAGUUUCAACUUGUGAGAGUAGUGUUCAUCAGGAAAACAGAAAUGUGCCCUACUACAAGGUUUACGUAGAUUUCCUUCUGGAGAUCUGAGUUCUGAAGUAAUAAAUGUAAAAAUUGUAAUGAGAUAUGUAUUUAAUGUUAAACAGUCAUCAGCAUCCUAUAAAUGUAAACUUCU